UGUUCCUUGUCUAAUCAUUCCUAUUGUUACCAUAUGUGCGUUCAACAUGGCACUGAGUACUACAGUAAAAGUACAUCCCGUAGUUUUGUUUCAAAUUGUUGAUGCUUAUGAAAGAAGAAAUGCAGACGCUCAUCGAGUUAUUGGCACAUUAUUAGGCACAGUUGAUAAAGGGGUAGUUGACGUCACGAACUGCUUCUGUGUACCACAUAAGGAGUAUGAAGAUCAGGUGGAAGCUGAGUUGAAUUAUGCAAUGGAUUUAUAUGAUCUGAAUCGGAGAGUAAAUACCCAAGAGGCAAUUGUUGGUUGGUGGGCUACGGGUAAUGAAGUUACAAGCCAUUCAUCUGUUAUUCAUGAAUAUUAUGCUCGGGAGUGUAACAACCCAAUCCAUCUGACUCUAGAUACAACACUACAAGGCACCCGCAUGGGCAUAAGAGCUUAUGUAAAUGUUCCAAUUGGUGUUCCUGGAGGCAAGUCUGGCUGUAUGUUCACACCUGUUAAUGUGGAAAUUACAUGCUAUGAACCAGAGGUUGUGGGAGUACAACUCUGUCAGAAAACAGUGACACUCAGUAAGAAGACUGUAGAGCCCAUGCUUGACCUUGCUCAGGUAGCUGAAGCAUCCCAGAAACUUACCAGCCUAUUGGAUAGUGUACUGGCAUAUGUGGAGGAUGUACUGGCGGGCCGGACCCAGCCCGAUAAUGCUGUGGGAAGAGCACUCCUCGAUAUGGUCAAUAGUGUUCCCAAGAUGACACCAGAAGAGUUUGAAAAUAUGUUCAACUCUAAUAUUAAGGAUCUGUUGAUGGUGAUAACAUUGUCGCAACUCGUGAAGACCCAGCUCCAGUUGAAUGAGAAACUCACACUUCUGACGACAUUGUAAUCUUUAUGAAUCUGUACACCACCCAGAUAAAAGUACAAUAAAUUAAUAAAAUUAUGUA